CAUACCUGUUUGGCGCAGCCCAAUGAGGCGUUCGUGGCUCGGGCGGCAGGUGAGCAGUUCCCCGAGCGCGGAGCCGAGUUUGGUGGUAGGGACUGUGAAUGGAAAUGCUGCUGCCGCCGACCUUGGUGCGCGCAGGGCUCCUCCUGCUCCUGGCGGCUCCGCUCCAUGGCCGAGAGGUCCGGUUCGGGGCGAAGGCUUUGCGGAUCCGGCGCGGGUUACGCGGCGGGGCUGCGCUGGAGACUGGAUGCGGCCCGCGAGACGAGGGCUUCGGCAAGGAGGCGCUUGGCAACAAUACCCACAAGCGUGUCUUCAAUGACCUCAGUGGCUCAGUGUCCCUUUCCUGGAUUGGAGAUAGCACUGGAGUUAUUCUUGUGUUGACCACUUUUCAGCUUCCUCUAGUGAUCAUGAGUUUUGGGCAGUCUAAAUUGUACCGAAGUGAAGAUUAUGGGAAAACUUUCACAGACAUUACAGAUCUCAUUAACAACACUUUCAUCAGAACAGAGUUUGGAAUGGCUAUUGGGCCUGAGAAUUCAGGGAAGGUGAUACUGACUGGGGAUCAAUCUGGCCCCUUCCAUACUGGAAGAAUCUUCCGAUCAUCUGAUUUUGCAAAGAAUUUUGUACUGACGGAUCUCCCUUUCCAUCCUUUAAGUCAAAUAAUUUAUCACCCUCAGAAUUCUGAUUUGUUGUUGACUCUCAGUACUGAGGGCAGCUUGUGGAUAUCAAAGACAUUUGGUGAGAAAUGGAAAGAAAUCCACAAAGACGUUUGCCUAGCCAAAUGGGGUUCUGGUGGAACCAUCUUCUUUACUACCUACCUGAAUGGCUCUUGUAAAACUGAUCUCGGAUUACUAGAGUUAAAAAAAACUAAAGACUUUGGGAAGACCUUCAAGACCAUAGGAAACAACAUCUAUUCCUUUGGCCUGGGUGGUCGUUUUCUCUUUGCAUCUGUGAUGACCCAAAAGACUAAUACAAGGAGAAUCCAUGUGUCACUAGAUGAAGGUGAAACAUGGAACAUGGCGCAACUUCCUUCAGUUGGACAAGAACAAUUUUACUCUAUUUUGGCAGCGAAUGAUGACAUGGUGUUCAUGCAUGUAGAUGAACCUGGAGAUACAGGAUAUGGAACAAUUUACACCUCUGAUGAUCAAGGCAUCAUAUACUCCAAGUCUCUGGAAAGGCAUCUCUAUACUACCACUGGGGGAGAGACAGACUUCACCAAUAUAACCUCCUUACGAGGCACCUAUAUUACUAGUGUGCUUUCAGAGGAUAAUUCCAUUCAGUCUGUGAUUACCUUUGAUCAAGGAGGGGAGUGGGUACACUUGAGGAAACCAGAAAAUGCUAAGUGUGACUCAACAGCCAAAAAUAAAGAAAAGUGCAACCUUCACAUUCAUGCAUCCUAUAGCAUCUCCCAGAAGCUGAAUGUACCUAUGGCACCUCUGACUGAACCAAAUGCUGUUGGAAUUAUUAUUGCUCAUGGAAGUGUUGGAGAUGCUAUCUCAAUAACAAACCCAGAUGUUUACAUUUCGGAUGAUGGUGGCUACACCUGGACACGGACGCUUGAAGGUCCCCAUCACUAUGCAAUCUUGGACUCAGGGGGCAUCAUUGUGGCUGUUGAACAAACUCAUUUUGUCAGCAUGAUUAAGUUCUCAACAGAUGAAGGACAGUGUUGGCACAACUAUGCUUUCAGUGAAAAACCUAUCUUUUUUACUGGUUUGGCAUCAGAACCAGGAGCAAAAUCAAUGAACGUUAGCAUCUGGGGAUUUCGAGAGAGCCUCUUAUCUCGCCAGUGGAUCUCGUAUACCAUUGACUUCCACGAUCUCCUCAACAGGGACUGUGAAGAGAAGGACUAUACGAAGUGGUUGGCUCAUUCCAGCAAUCCUGGCAACCCCACUGAUGGAUGCAUACUGGGCUACAAGGAGGAGUACCGACGCCUUCGCAAAUCCUCUGUCUGUAAAAAUGGCCGGGACUACAUUGUGACCAAGCAGCCGUCUGUCUGUAUUUGCACAUUAGAUGACUUUCUUUGUGAUUUUGGCUAUUUCCGCCCAGAAAACCAGUCUGAAUGUAUGGAGCAGCCAGAGCUGAAGGGUCAUGACUUGGAGUUCUGCUUGUAUGGGAAGCAAGAGCUGUUAAAGACCAGCGGGUAUCGGAAGAUUCCAGGGGACAAAUGUAUAGGUGGGAAGAAUCCCAAACGUAAAGAGACAGAUCUGAAACAAAAGUGUACAAGCAACUACUUGAGCUUAAGCCAGUUGAAUGCCUCUUCUAACUCUACUCCAGUCAUCCUGGCUGUAAUUGCCUUGAUGCUCGUCACUGCUGUCGCCGGAGUAGUCAUCAUUAAGAAAUAUGUCUGUGGGGGAAGAUUCCUGGUUCACCGGUAUUCUGUCCUGCAGCAACAUGCAGAAGCUAAUGGCUUUGAAGGACUUGACAUACCUGAUGCCAGUAAAAUUGGUUACCAUGAUGAUUCUGAUGAGGACUUGUUGGAGUAGUGAUGUUCUCACCAGGAUUGGACACUUCAUGGGUUUGGCUGCUGCUGUAGAAGGGCAUGAAUGCCAACAGUCCAUUUUACUUUUGAUACAGAUGCCUUUCCCAUAUCCGGAGGAUUCUGUAUUCCUUUUGCUUCUGUCAAAUGUCUAAAAUCAGCAGAGCUGCAAGAAUUGCAUUAGAUUUUUAAGGGUGAGGGCAAGGUUCUGUAACUCUGAGGAAUGAAGAAGAAAAGCUGUUUAAUUUAAAUAUAAUUUUAUUUUAACCAGAUUUUUCCAGCUCUAAAAGGAGAACUAAUAGGAAUGUGAAAUAAGGAUUUCACUAAAGAUUAGCAUUACUAGGUACAGUGUACUAUGCUGCUGGAAGAAGCUUCCAAAUUCCCAAACGGGGAACAUACUGCACUCCAACACUGUGAUAAAAUUGCAUUGAAGCUCUUUAGUGUGACAGCACUCCUACCAAACAGAGCAAUGAGAUGCUGGGCAGAGAUUGUGGGUAUUAACCAGCAUCACAAUGGGCUGUGUGCCAAAAUGCAUUUUAUUUUUGUUUUCUCUAAAGUGUAAUCAAAUGGGUAGAUGUGUACUGUGUAACGUAAGGAUGACUCCAAGGCUUGAAUUAAGUCUGUGGCCCAAAAUCCUAUGAUUCCAAGGAACUAAACUGUGAAAUCAGCAUGUGUACUGCCAUAAAUUCAAAACAAACUGCACAGCUCUGGAUGGGGAAGAGAUUAUUUUUAAAAAUUGUAAGAAUAAGCGGUACAGGUCUGUUAGAAAUAAGAGUUAUUUAGAUGGUUACUAAAUUAGAUACAUGAGAUCAGUUUCUUGAAGGAAAUUUUUGUUACUUGCAGGCAACACUAUGAAGUUUUCAAUAUUUUCCUUUUUACUGUUUUCUUGAAAGCGAUAGAUUGGUGCUUGCCACUUUAGCACAACUUUACUAUUGUGGAUUUAUGAACCCCUCUGUCUCAGUACAGUUAAACUAUUGUAACACCCUUGGGAAAUCAUACACAUGGUUUUCUUUAAACAGAAAGUAAUGGAAAUUGAAUCUUCACAACACUUAAUUCAAACCAUCUUGAAGUCUAGUUAGAAAUUGAUCUAUGAGAAUGCCAGUUGACAGUGUGAAAGCACCCCACGCCUGUAGGCAGCGCGGGAUUUAUGUGAGCGGACUUCUGCUCUUCCAAUGGGACAGCUCCCUCGCAUCCCUCGUGCACUUUCCAUAUGUGCUCUGGGAGGUUCUUUAAUCCUCCAAAAUAUAUUUGGGGUGCGUGUAGGAUGGAAGGGGAGGAAUCUGUUCCACAGGGGAACGUUGUUUGGUCAGUUGCUGAAAUACAAUUGGAUAAAACCAACUGUAGCAAUGGUGAGCUUUUUCCACGGAUAGUGGAGGGAAGAGCUGCAGUGUACAGGCAGUAAUGCACAGUUGCUGAAGUUUAAGGUUUUUUCCCCCCUUAAUUUGGGGGAAAAUGUUGGGGGGAUUCUUUGUUUUAAAAAUAUUUUAAGCCUAUUUUAGGGAUUCCACUACAGAUAUUGUGCGCUUGCCUCAAAAUAUCAGGAAACCGCCACCAGUUUCAGCUAUUGCAUUCGGAGUGAUAAUGAAGCUGCAAAAAACUGAAUGGCAUGUUGCCCACCUCAUUUAUAAAACAAAUGGGAAUCCAAUUAUUUGCACUCCAAAGGAAUUUUCAUAGGCGUUUACCCUCAGUUAUUGAUGAUUUUACUUAUCCUUUCAUUAAAGGACUACACCCACGAGAA